CCGUCUCCGAGUCCGUCGACGCGCCCUCCGACGAGACCGCCGCCGACGCUCCCGAGGGCGAGGAGGCGAUGACCGAGCCCGAGCCCACCGGCGAGCCCGUCUCCGAGGCUGUCGCCGCCGACCCGGACCCCGCCGACGCCGAUGAACCCGCCGAUGAAUCUGCGCAAGUUGAAGAUCAAUCCGGCGAGGCGGUGACGGAGGCGAAGAAGACGGCUGCGCCCGCGUCGCCGCCCGCCGCCGUGCCCGAACCCGCGUCCCCCGAGGGCGCGGACCCCGAGGCGCUCAAGUCCAUCGGCGAGGGCGCCGGUGAACCGGGAUCCCCGGGUGGCGAGGGUGACGACUUCGGCGCUGCUCAGGCGGCGGACGAGGACGCCGCCGGCCGCAUCGCCGAGCUUGAGCACCGCCUGGAGACGGCGGAGCAGCAGCUCUUGUCGGAGGAACAGACGACGCAGGAGAUCAGCCAGCUCAUGGCGAGCCUCGAGCAGCAGCUCAAGCAGUCCCAGGCCCAGAAGUUCCGCCUCGAGGAGCAGGUCGAGGAGGUGUCCAGGAGGCUCGAAGACGAGAUCGAGCUCAAGGAGCAGGCGAUGGCGGAUCUCCAGAACCUGUCCCACGAGCAGCAGCGCAACGCCGCGCUCAAGGCUGCGCUCUCCGCCGAGCAGGGUAACCUCCAGGCGGAGAAGGCCAAGAUCCAGCAGGAGAUCGAGGAGGCGCGCCAGGAAGCUGCGCGAUCCGCCGACGCCCUGGCCCGAGCCGAGGAGGCGAUUCGUCAGGAGGAAACCGUCGCCAGGCUCAAGCUCGAGGCGGAACACAACGCCAAGGUGAGCCGACUCGCGUCCGAGAUUGACCGUCUGCGGGAUGAACUCGAGCAGCGCACCAACUCCAUGGGUAACGAGAUGAUGAGGUGGAAGUCCCAGGCUGACGCCGCCGCCAACGCUGUCAGCCUGGCCAAGGAUGAGGUGAUGGAGCGCAAGCGCGAGCUCGACAUCACCAAGGAGAAGAUGGACCACCUGGUUGAGAAGCUCUACAUCGGCCGCGAGAAGGGCCUGGAGCUCCGCGGCGCCAUCGACUUCCACCUCGAGCGUCAUCGCACCAACUACCAAUCCGGGCGCGGCGGCGACAAGCUCCCGGGCAUUCGCAGGGGCGGCGCGCCGGCUCUCGCGGCGGCGCCCUCGGGUGGCGCGUCCAAGCCCCGAGCCGCCAAGGGUGCCUUCGGCAUGCCCGCGGAGAAGACGCCCCGUCGCGGAUCCAUGGCUGGCGGAAACAUGUUCACCCCGGCGCACGACCUCAACCGCCCCAGCGGUGGCGGCGCGGCCUACGGUGCGAGGAGGGGCAGGCGCUAACCCGCCGGACCCUCGCGGGCGUCGAGAGGAGGAGGAGAAGGAGACGGAUGGAAGGAUGGAUGGAUGCCAAAGAUGAAGAGUCGCCGAGCGCGACGUGUACAUACCCUCGAACAACCGGGAUUAAUUCUGUUUACACCCAAGGCACCACACCCGCGGCGAUCGAGGCGCCGCGGAGGUCCAUUUUAUAUCACCCAAGAUAACACACAC